UCAAACUGAGGCACUGAGGAUCAACCCAGCCCAUCCCAGCACUGGUCUCAGUGACUGGGCAACGUGCCCCCCAACCCCCAUCAGGCCCUCCAGGGAGAAGCAGCCGCAGAUUGGUUCUGCAGACGCUCAGCUUCUGUUUUUUUGGAGAUCUCCUGGGGGCUUGCAGGGCCUGAGUCUGCACCACAGGGGUGACUACUCACCUGACACCUCCAGAUAACUGGCCUCCGGCAAGGGGGGAACCCCUCUGUGAGGUUAGCAAAGGGGAAGCCCCACUUCUUUGCCUGAAGUCCUUAAGAGCUAAGCCAACAAAGAGCUAAGAGUGGACAAACUUUGACAAGCACCAAAAGAGAAUUGAGAACAAAUAAAUCAGAAGAAAGAAGAGGAAAAGCAAAUGCUAGAACGUCCAUGGCUUUUUUUUUUUCCUCCCUGCUGUCGUUCCAGCUGUAGCCUGGGAUUAAUUAAGUGCUGUGAACUCAGUGCCAGAGAGAGGAGGGGAAAAAAAAUGCAUUCUAUCUCUAAGGAAGGAGUACAGUAACAGUUUCUCACCAGUGAGAAACCUAGGGAAGUGAGUCGCUCUCCUCGGCAGUGUUUGUGGAGGGCCUGAGGAGACAGGGAGGCUGUGCCAGACUGGAGGAGUCUUGUCUUUCCGAAGCUGGAAAGGAUCUUACGGAGGUUCGCCUUUCCCUGCCUGGGAAGAAUUUCCCCUGUGGUAGCAGCAGCAGCAGCAGCAGCAGCAGCAACAGCAGCAGCAACAGCAGCAGCAGCAGCAGCAGCAGCAGCACCACUGCCUCCUCUUCUGGGGCACAAGACAGAAUGCCUGUGCUAGAGCGCUAUUUCCACCCAGCAGAGCUAGGCAGGAGGUGGACAGGCCCAGAAGGUGUGCUGCCCUCCUCCCCGGGAAGCCGGCCGGGGUGCCAGCAGGGGCCGCUGCCCUGGGACUUGCCAGAGAUGAUCAGGAUGGUAAAGCUGGUUUGGAAAUCCAAAAGUGAGCUGCAGGCGACCAAACAGAGAGGCAUUCUGGAAAAUGAAGAUGCUCUCCGCAGCUUUCCAGGAGAUAUACGACUAAGGGGUCAGACGGGGGUUCCUGCUGAACGCCGUGGUUCCUACCCAUUCAUUGACUUCCGCCUACUUAACAAUACAACAUACUCAGGGGAGAUUGGCACCAAGAAAAAGGUGAAAAGACUAUUAAGCUUUCAAAGAUACUUCCAUGCAUCAAGGCUGCUUCGUGGAAUUAUACCACAAGCCCCUCUCCACCUGCUGGAUGAAGACUACCUUGGACAAGCAAGGCAUAUGCUCUCCAAAGUGGGAAUGUGGGAUUUUGACAUUUUCUUGUUUGAUCGCUUGACAAAUGGAAACAGCCUGGUAACACUGCUGUGCCACCUCUUCAAUUCCCAUGGACUUAUUCACCAUUUCAAGUUAGAUAUGGUGACCUUACACCGAUUUUUAGUCAUGGUUCAAGAAGAUUACCACAGCCAAAACCCGUAUCACAAUGCUGUUCAUGCAGCUGAUGUCACCCAGGCCAUGCACUGCUACCUGAAAGAGCCAAAGCUCGCCAGCUUCCUCACACCUCUGGACAUCAUGCUUGGACUGCUGGCUGCAGCAGCACACGAUGUGGACCACCCAGGGGUGAACCAGCCAUUUUUGAUAAAAACUAACCACCAUCUUGCCAACCUAUAUCAGAAUAUGUCUGUCCUGGAGAAUCACCACUGGCGAUCUACAAUUGGCAUGCUUCGAGAAUCAAGGCUUCUUGCUCACUUGCCAAAGGAAAUGACACAGGAUAUUGAACAGCAGCUGGGCUCCUUGAUCUUGGCAACAGACAUCAACAGGCAGAAUGAAUUUUUGACCAGAUUGAAAGCUCACCUCCACAAUAAAGACUUAAGACUGGAGGACGCACACGACAGGCACUUUAUGCUUCAGAUCGCCUUGAAGUGUGCCGACAUUUGCAAUCCUUGUAGAAUCUGGGAGAUGAGCAAGCAGUGGAGUGAAAGGGUCUGUGAAGAAUUCUACAGGCAAGGUGAACUUGAACAGAAAUUUGAACUGGAAAUCAGUCCUCUUUGUAAUCAACAGAAAGAUUCCAUCCCUAGUAUACAAAUUGGUUUCAUGAGCUACAUCGUGGAGCCGCUCUUUCGGGAAUGGGCCCAUUUCACGGGAAACAGCGCACUGUCGGAGAACAUGCUGGGUCACCUCGCGCACAACAAGGCCCAGUGGAAGAGCCUGUUGCCCAGGCAGCACAGAAGCAGGGGCAGCAGUGGCAGCGGGCCCGAUCAGGACCACGCAGGCCAAGGGACUGAGAGCGAGGAGCAGACAGCGCGGGAAGGCGACAGCCCCUAGAGGCCGGCCCAGCUCAGACGCGGAGAGGAUGCUUUCCUCCGGCAGGGACCCCAGAGGGCAGAAGCAGCGUGGAGGGGCCCUCACCCAGCAGCCCAGCCAGUUUCUGGGUGUUGUCCUGGGGCUCUUUGGAACGCCACCUUCCUCCCACUUACCUGCCUCCCCUCC